CCCCCCCAGUAUUCGAUCCAAAACGUCACUCGUCUCGGCGAGCUGGGGGCCUGUCGUCUCGUCGUGACGGCAAUGCAGACUUUCAGCGGGGAUCGCUGCAUCCAAUUAAUGGGUUUGGAAGCAAUCGAAGCCCUGGCUGCCAAAAGCGAAGGGGCAAGGGCGAACUUCCAACAGGAGUCAGCUGAAGAGCUCUUCACGCGCAUUUUUGAGAUGCAUACCGACGACAAGGACUUACAAGCCGCCGCUUGUCAGGCACUCGUGGGUCUAGCCACCGGCCAUCCUGAAUGGCAGAACCGUCUGGGCCUCGCAGGUCUGUGCUCUCGCGUCACUGAAAGCCUCCGUCAAUGGCCCGACGACUAUGGGAUCCAACUCUCAGAUCACUGGGUGCUUUUGGCCCUCCCUCAUUCCUCUCUUUUCCUCCCCUCCCUCCUUCCCUCCCUCCCUGCCUCCCUCGCUGCUCCCUUCCCUCCCUCUUCGACAGGCCUUUACGCUCUAAAUGCCCUUCUCUCCCGGCAUGAGGCCAACACCCAGAGGGUUUUCGAAGCGGGCGCCGGCGCCAUCCUGGUCCAGAUGAUGAAGACCUUUUGGAGGGACUUGGACGUGUUAGACGGGGCUAUCACGGCCAUCUACAGAGCCGGUUUCCCUUCCUCCCUCGACGUCUUGCCCCCGCGUAUGUAUCAGGUCAAAUGCUGCUUCGCCAUCGCCAAACUUGCCUGGCAGCACGCGGAGAAUCGGCAUCGAUUGGUGGCCCUGAAGGCGGCGUUGGUUGUGACACAAAUCUUUAACAAGCACCCGUUCGACGUGGCGAUCCACGUGGCGGGUUCAGCGGCCAUGGUUGCGCUCUACAUGCCUUUGGCUCUGGCACAGCGUUUGGCAGAAAAAGCGUGGAAUACCGUUACGUCCCCUCACCAUCUUCCUCCCCUCCUUUCCUCCCUCCAUUCCACCCUCCUCUCACCGACAGCCACCACCAUUCUUUUGAACAAGACUGCCUUCCUUCUCACCUCCCCCUCGGCGCAGCACAAGUUCCACCAUCACCCUCCCUCCGUCCUGGCAAACGGUUCGGAACCUCCGCCCUUCCAGCAGGCGGUGGGGUGGAACAGGGAAAAUCCGGCCAAGGAGAGGCCGACCGAUCUCAAUGGGCCAACGAGGGAUGGGGACGGGAUGGCUGAAGCACAGGCCUUCCAGGCUUUGGUGCGUGCACUGGCCACCAUCCCGGCCGAGUCAGAACUGGAAAUUUCUGCCUCGCCCGCCCUUCUCUUCUUACUGGAAGUAGUCAAUGGCCGCCACCCACUACUUGAUGACCAGCCCACGGCAUCCAAUUUUGUUGCCGCGAUGGAGAACUAUGCGCGCGACGAAGACUCGCAAGACAUUUAUCUGGAAGUAGCGAUUCUUAUUACAGACGCGAGUCCCACGGCCAGGGAGAUGCUUUUGCAGAUGAUGGCGGCCUUGGUCGACGUGGUAAAGGCGCACCCCAGCCAGCCUGUUCUGCAACACUUUGCACUCUCUUGCCUUCAGAAUCUCGCGGAAGACGGAAGCCCUUUACAACGGUCCUCCUUGAUCACUCCCAGCGUCCUCUCUCUGGUAGCACUCUCCCUUGCCCUGCAUCCUACGGACGAGGACAUUGGCAGUGCGGCCUUGGGCUUGAUCGUCUCCCUAGCAGCUCAGGAAAUGGAUUCGCCGGGCCAGAUCCGCACCUGCCAGCACGCAUCCAAUCUCCACACUAAUGGAAAUGGCAACGGCUCCCACGAUCAGGCCAAUGGCCACGCGGAGGUCAAAGCGGAAGGUGAUGGUGACAUCGCGGCCAGCACCCUCCCUGUUCCCUCGGGACCGUCCUACGUGCGUGCAGUGCUCUCCAUUCUCAGGGCGGUAUGGAAGCAGAUCCAUUCCUCUUCCUCCGUCGCUUCCUCCCACUCCUCCUACUCCUCAAACGUAUUGGACGAGAAGGAAAUUACGCGCCUCUCGGCUCUGGGAAUCUUGAAAUGGCUGACUUUGGUGGCAAGGGACUGUGCCCCUGACGAAGUUGCCAUAUUGAGCGACGACGCGUCGGUACAUACCAUGUUCGAGGAGGUUGCGGGGGGCCUGGCAAUCAGCCACCCUCGUUCCCACUCCCACGCCCCUUCGACACUCAUGCUCCCACCUCCCCCCGCCCCGCCUUCCCUGCUGUCCCAGAAACGGUCCCGUCUGAGUUCACUCCCGAAUACCGCCGCCGCGUCCUCCUCUCUUAUAGACACCGCGGAAAUGCACGCGAAACGCUUGUGCUUGGACUUGGUAGCUUCCCUCCCCCAGAGGGACUUGGAGACUUCCUGGCCUCGUGCUUGCGGGGCGGUAGUGGGAGGACUACAGGAAGGGAAAGGGAGGGGAGCGGUCACCCUCAGCGCCCUGGCGGGGGUGGUGGCACUUGCGGAAGGGAACGAGCAAAACAAGAGCGUCCUUCAGGGACUGGGAGCAGGGAAGGGAUUGAGUGCCGUGGCCGCAGUGGUCGAGACUAGGGAGAGGGAGCUGUUGACUAAGGCACAAGAAGCGUUGCGGUAGCAGGGGAAUGUGUAGUGAGUGAAGGAAUGUUGCCUGGGUAGGGUGUACAUAGUAAGCAAACAGAUCGGAGGUAGCCAACGUUCAGGGCGGGGCCGAACGGGGCAAGAAAGCCGCGCUUGCGUGGACUAGAAAGUGAGAUAAUGGUAGAAUUUAGAAGGCAGUUUCUAUAGCAAGGAUGUGGGACAAAGACGGGAGGAAAUGCUAAUGCAGCAAUCCUCCAAUAUGCCUUGGAAGGUAGCGCCUAGGGUUGCGAAGCCCUGUGGCGCCUGUCGAUCAUGGAUAUCUUUUUUGCAGUCUGAGGAUGUACCGACCAUAACUUUGUUUUGUGCCGACGAGGGAGAAGGAAAGGGCCACGUUGGGUGUCUGGAUUUGAUAGGGAAGCGACUUCUUGGCGUAUAUGUGAGCGUGCAGCCGGCUUACUUGCGUAGUUGGGUGCCUUCGAUGAUGCACCGGUAUGGUGACUCAGACAAUGAUGAUGAUCGCGAUCUUUUUGUUUUGAUUAUAACGCGUUGUCUCUGUGUGUGGGGUCAACAUUCGAAGACAAAGGAAAGGAACAAAUUCCAGCGCGAUGAUUAGCUUAGGCUCUUACGACAAUUUAAUGAGUUUGUCAAACCUGCGUGUACCUUACAAAUUUGAAUGAUAUGUUCUGCAGGUGUGGAAAGCCGUACUAGCGGCACAGCCGUCUUGUCGACACAUCCCGCAGGAGUUCUUUUCCAUGCCCCUUUCCUCGUAAGCAAAUUGCACCAGACUAUGGCCCUUUUAUUCUUUAUUUGAUUUAAGGCUGGUGUCAUGACUGCUGGUAGAGAUUGAUAUAUAUUCCGUUACAUGUACACAGUUGUCCAGGACGACUUCGGAAAUCGCUUUAAUGCAACACGUCACUUAGAAAUUUGAUUUCAACGUCAGAAGCUACAAAUUACAUGUUACCUGACUCUCAGACACUCUGAGUGAGAGUUUUCUACCCUUGAUUCAAAAACCCUGCCGCGUGGCAACCUCUUCGUCCUGAUGCGGUCGCGCUCUCUUCCGUCAAGGCCCCCUUUCUUCUCAUUCAAGGACACAGCUGACAAUCAUGACCUUACAACAUCCAUCCUUUUUUGCUUCCAUUCCCCGCAUUCGGGGUGUUUCCUCCAU